AUGGCUCACCCAGCGCUGCGGGCUGUCGCAAAUGUCACAAACCCCCGUUUUUGGGAGAUGAAGGUGUCGCUUUCUGCCUGCACCGCCGAGCGCUGGGGGGGCCGUGGGUGUUUCCCACCCCCACAGGUGCGACCUUGUGGGUGCUCCUUCCCCUUCCUGCCCCCCCCGAGCAGCAUCCUCGCCCUGCUGCUGCCCUGCCCCGCUGUCACACUCCACCCGGGGCUCCUCCAGCUCGGCGGCUGCUCCGGGACACGCGGCGAGGGCGGGAUGGGGGCUCGGAGCUGCCUGGGGCCGCUGCUGCUGCUGCUGCUGCCGCCCCUCCCGUGGGGCGAGCACCGGCCCGGCGGCUCCGGCGUGGGCCCGGAGUCACUGUCCGGGGACAGGAGCUGGCUCCAGCCGUCCAUCAUCGGGGGACGCGAGGCCGAGCCCCGCUCCCGGCCCUACAUGGUGUCCCUGCAGUUCCGGGGGGUUCACGCCUGCGGGGCAGCGCUGCUGCGGCGGAGCUGGGCGCUGACGGCCGCGCACUGCCGGCCUCGGGGGUCGUGGGACAAGGGGCGGCUGGUGGUGGGGCUGCACAAGUGGGAGAAGCGCGGGGCGAGCACGCAGACCUUCUCCAUCCGGGCUGCCUGUCCUCACCCCGGCUACAACCGACGGACGAUGGAGAACGACCUGCUCCUGCUGCAGCUGGACGGGAAGGUGACACUGAGCAGCACACGGCAGCUGAUCCCGCUGGCGGGCCGGGAGCCGGCGCCGGGGGCGCGGUGCAGCGUGGCGGGCUGGGGGGUCGUGGACCGCCAGGGCCGGAGGCUGUCGCCCACCCUGCAGGAGCUGAACGUGACGGUGAUGGACACGCGGGUUUGCAACAACAGCCGCUUCUGGCGCGGCGAAAUCGCCCCCGGCAUGAUCUGCUUCCACGGGCAGCGCGGCUCGGCCCCCGCCAAGGGUGACUCGGGGGGGCCGCUGGUGUGCGGGAAGCGGCCGGCGGUGGCCGGCGUGAUGUCCUUCAGCAGCAAGAACGCCGCCGAUCCUUCCAAGCCCCCCGUGGCCACCUCGACCGUGAAGUACAAGAAAUGGAUCCAGAAAACGCUGCGGAGGGGCUGCGGAUCCGGCCAGCCCAAACACACGGGAUAGACCAGACACCCCUUCCUAUUUACACAGGUUGG